AGCCCGGCAGGGAGCGAGCCAAGCCGGCUGAGCCUGCCGGCCGCCGGCUGCCCGCCGCCCACGGGGUCUGCCUGCCCCAGCGCUCUCAGCGGCGCCGCCGCCGCAUCCGGGCAGAUGCAUCAGCCGAGCCCAAGGCAAACGGGGGACAGAGCCCCCCACACCAUUACCGGUCUGGUCCCCUAGGACUGGGAGAGUUACACUGAAUGGGAAAUAGUCCAUCUACUUCAAUGGGAUUGUCUAAUGCUGCUACUGAGAACAAGAUCCAGGAAACCAUUUCGGACAACUGUGUAGUGAUUUUCUCUAAAACAACGUGUGGCUACUGCAAAAUGGCAAAGAAACUGUUCCAGGAUAUGAAUGUAAAUUACACAGCAAUAGAACUAGACAUGUAUGAAAAUGGAAGCCAGUUUCAAGACAUUCUUCAUCAAAUGACUGGUGGCAGGACGGUUCCAAGAGUGUUUAUUAAUGGGGCUUUCAUCGGAGGUGCUACAGAUACUCAAAGGCUUCACCAGGAAGGCAAGCUGCUUCCAUUAGUUCAUCAAUGUCAAAUGAGAAGAGCAAAACAUUCUGAUCUGCCAUGUAGCCUACCUUAGCCUCACUUUAAAAAGUGCCCCUAGUCUAGAUGUUAGGUAUUUAAAAUCCAUCUUUAGGCCUCUAAAUAAAUGGCCUGACUUUCAGAGGUGCUGAGAACCCACAAGGUCUAAUAUUAGGCCAUUUAUUUGGCAGCCUAACUAUGAAUUUAGGUGCCAAUUGUUAAGCACCCAAACUUGAAAAUUUAGGCCUACGUGUGCAGCAUGGUCUACUAAACUAACUAGGGUUUGGAGCGAAUAAUUCAUCAAUUUGAAAUCAUUUAUCUAACACAGACAUUACGGCCUUGGGCAAUAGUUAAACUCUCCCUUCCUCAGCUUCACCGUUCAUAAAAUGGAAGUAAAAACCAUUACCUACCUCACAGAGCUUUUGUGUGGAUUAGUUACUAUUUUUGUUACAGUGCUUUGGAGACAUAAAGGACAACAUGUUUUAAAUAUGUUAAAAAGUGCUACAUGAGGUUCUGUGAAAUAGGUGACAAACAACUAGUGAAAACUUGCACUGCUUAUCACCUUCAAAACAUUGUAGUAUCCUAUUGAUUGUAAUGUGAGUUGGUUUGCUAUACUUUCUAGCUAAUUUUACUGUCAUUGUGUUGGAACAAAAAAUGACAGUGCAAUUUAGUGUUUCCUAUAAAAUCACAUCAGUGCUAAAGAUUGAUUCAUCUCUUUGUCAAAUUAUGUACACUGAAGACACUAAAAAGAACCACUUAAUGUCUUUUAUUCAUAUGAAGUCUGCAGUUACAGAGAUUUUAAUUACAUUUCUGCAAAUGUAAAAGUUAUAUUAUUAAAGGCAGUAUCAUGGUAAGCUACA